CUACAUUCAGCCAGAAGGGAGGGGAGGUGGCCCUGGAGAGGGGCGGCUUGAUCACCCAAUCGCCCAGCAUCGGGGCUCCGCAGGAUCCAGGGGUGCGCCUCACGGAAGGGGGUCCCUCGGUCUACCCACCCACCACCUCUGAGAUCACCAGCCCCACCGGAGGUCCCGCCUCUUUCUACGCCUAGAGGACCUCCCGGGAGCCCCGGCCGCUGUGUACAAGACAGAAGUGGAACAAAUUCUGUAGCCCAGACGACCGCUGGAGUGGGGACACGCCCAGCAGGAGAAACCUGCCCCGCCGCCGUAGAAGCCUGAGAUUCUGAGUCUCAGUGGAUUCGCUGUCCCUAGGGGAGGCGAGAGGUGAAUCAACACUGACUCCUACCACAGGCCAGCAUCCCCGCGCUCGCUGCGAGACUCCCUUCUCAGUCCACUUUGCUUUGGUUGCAAACGCUAGAAGCAGAGCGGAGCUCCAGAAACCACUUACGGGAAAAGAUGCCUGCCUUCAACAGAUUGCUUCCCCUGGCUUCUCUAGUGCUCAUCUACUGGGUCAGAGUCUGCUUCCCUGUAUGUGUGGAAGUACCCUCGGAGACAGAAGCCGUGCAGGGCAAUCCCAUGAAGCUGAGAUGCAUCUCCUGCAUGAAGAGGGAGGAGGUGGAGGCCACCACCGUGGUGGAAUGGUUCUACAGGCCUGAGGGCGGUAAAGAUUUCCUUAUAUACGAGUAUAGAAAUGGCCACCAGGAGGUGGAGAGUCCCUUCCAAGGUCGUCUGCAGUGGAACGGGAGCAAAGACCUGCAGGACGUAUCCAUCACAGUUCUCAAUGUCACUCUGAAUGACUCUGGCCUCUACACGUGCAAUGUGUCCAGGGAGUUUGAAUUUGAGGCACAUAGGCCUUUUGUGAAGACCACGAGACUAAUACCCCUGCGAGUCACUGAAGAGGCGGGAGAAGACUUCACGUCGGUGGUAUCAGAAAUCAUGAUGUACAUCCUCCUGGUCUUCCUCACCCUGUGGCUGUUUAUUGAGAUGCUCUAUUGCUACAGAAAGGUCUCUAAGGCUGAAGAGGCAGCCCAGGAAAAUGCGUCUGACUACCUUGCUAUCCCUUCAGAGAACAAGGAGAACUCUGUGGUACCUGUGGAAGAAUAAUGUGGUGUGACUUGAGGUGAUCUGAGUGCUGAGGAACUUGAUAUCCCCAGGUCAGUGAUGCCAGCAAUAUCAGGAAGUGCCCCAGGUGUCCCAACACAUCCAUCUUUCUAUUCAUCAACCACCUACCCAACUGUGAAAUUCUGACCUGACUUCCAAGCACUAUCAGAACUCUACACAUCUUGGCCUUGCCUGAACUGAAGAGCCAACAUCUCUACAUGGACUAAACCUCACUCUGUCCUUGCUUCCAACCAAGUAGCUCCCAGGUCAACUAGAGUUGUCCCCCUAUGCUCCAAAUGACUUUAGAUAAGUACUGAAGAGUAGUAUUCUGUGCCCUAACUGUCUGCAAUUGGGUUGUUCUCCACUGCAGCAAAAGGAUGGAUGGAUAUUAGAAGCCCUGAUUAGUUUGUCUUUUAAAGCCAAAGCGUGCCGUGCACUUUGAUUCAUUGAAGUCAGUUUUUUUUUUCCUGUCUCUCAGAGCACCAGAUAGCAGCAUGCCCCUAAAGUUUCCAGGGACAUCUUCUGUGUGCACUGGAACGUAUUCUGGAGCUCAGUGUUUCGAGGCUAUGUCUCCAUAAUCUCGAAGGCUUGGAGCAAACCCAGAACUUCCAAGAAGCCAAGGAAGGAUCCAGGACAAUUUCAGGAGGUCUUGAAAUCGAUGUAACACACUCCUGAUGUCGGAAACCUGGAUGAGUGACCUUUCUGGACUGAAAUUCCUCAGUUCUUCAUUUCUCAGUGUCUGUGGAUCAGUAUUAGUCCUUGUUUUACAGGCAGCAGCUAAGACUCACAUAAGGCUAAACAGGACAUUUAGGGAAUUAAACUGGACUAGAGAUGAGUUUCCUGCUGCCAACCUCACACUCCCUGAGAUGAAAGAUGCUUUUUGAGGACCCUGACAUGCAGGAUAGCAGAAGAAUGCCAUUUGUCCAGCAGAGGCUAACUAUGAUAGAUUCGAGGAACUGGAAACCAGGUAAGAAAACACAGACAGCACAGGAUAGACUUAAGAAUUCCACACAAAGAUUUGUGAAUCCUCUAGGAGAGAUGGCACCUGAGGGCGAUAUCUGUAUGACAAAAGCUGGUUUUCGUCUGAAAUGGACAACGAACAAAGAGACAAAGAUGGGUGUGUAGCUUCUAAAUACCUCACCUGUAGAUGUCGUGUUUGGGUAUUUGGUGUCUGUAAAGUCCCCCACUCCUACCCUCAUCCCCACCCACCAAGAGAGCAGGGAACCAGUGACGAGAUGCUUAGACAAUAUCUCUUUUUAAUGACUGACUGUUCUAAGUGCAAUAUUCUUUAGCCCCUACAGAUAGCAAGGGCAGGAUGCCUUACGGUAUAUAAAAAGAUGAAAGUGAGACUGUGUACGAGUCCUCAACUCUGGGGAGAUCUAUAAGAAAGACCGUUCUCCACCCCUUCCAGGGUUUAUACGACAAGCUCACUUUUUACCCCCACCAUUUCCUUCUUGGUGGAUGCUAGACACAACGCUUCGAGAGUCCCACCCCACUCUUUUUUAUCUGGUUUGUUUGUACACGGUGGUUUAUCUAGAAUCACAAUUGCGUUUCCUUAUGGGAGAUCAUGAGGAUAACCUAGAAGGUAUGGCCCUCACCAGGCAACUUAAAAUCUUCUCCAUCUCCAUUUCUUCCCAUAUUUCUACUUAGAAUCCCACACCAGAUGUGUGCAGCGGCUCUGGAGCCUUUCCUGGUGUGCUAUUGAUUACUAAAGGGCUUAGAGGAGUUCUCAAGGGCUAUAAUCCUCUAGAGACCCCAUUGUUUGUCUUGGUGCUGGGUAUUUGCUGUGACUGAUUCUCAAUAAUUUACUGAAGGUCAAACUAAGCUGAGUCUAGUUUUCCCUUUCUUACUGCCUAACAGCUGUGAACUUGGUUACUCAGUUGGUCCUGAAAGCAUCUUGCCCUGUUGACUUGGACUGUCCGCUAGAUGUUGGAACGAGCCCCAACCCCUAAGUGGAAAUUCUCAAUGCUUGCUAUCUCAGGCUUUACUUUCAAUCUGUUUACAUAUUAUUCCUUGGUUUCUUCACCCUCGAUUAAUUGCAUUACCCAAGCUUUCUUUUGAGUUUCUGGGUUUGUUCUUGACAUCAGAAUAGAAUCGCAAGUAGAAAGGGAAGUUUUCAGAGCAAGAUUAUGCCAGAGAAAGACAGUGGUGAGCUUAAAAGGGGGCGGGGCUAAGGUGCUAGCCCAAUAGAUAAAAUGCUUGCCACCCAAGCGUCAGAGUUUCAGUGUGAUCUUCAGAACCCAAGUGAACAGCCAGACGUUAUGGGCACACAUCGGUCAUCCCAGAGCUGGGGUGGGCAGAGAGAGGAAGCGCUGAGCCUCACUAACCAACUCACCUAGCCUAACUUACUUACUUGGCAAGCUCCAGGAAGAGUGAGAGACCCUGUCGCAGAAAGCAAAAAUCCAACAAGGUGGAUCGUGCCUGAGGAAUGACACCCAAGGUUGACUUCCGGCCUCCACAUAUUCAUGCACACAAGUGAAGGCCCAUAUGCAUAUUUACGUAAGGAUGUGCAUGCGUGCAAGUGUGCAUGCACACACACACACACACGCACACAGAGAGACAGACAGACAGACAGACAGACAGACAGACAGACAGACAGAGAGCUUCCUCUCACUUGUUUUAUAAAGGGGAAAGCCCUGGUUCUGUGAAUUCACUCAGUCACUGCAAAUGUAUGUAACCAGGGCCUUGGCAUGCCCGCACAUCAUUCGGAUCAUUUAAUCACAUUGUUCAACACUCUUGUGUCGAGCACUAGGUUAGGUAGGCUCUAGCUAGAUCCCUUGAUCUUAGGUCUGUAAAAAUGUGCAAGCAUGUGUGUGCACUCGUGCGUGUGCACGCGCACGUGUGUACGCUCGUGCGCAGGGACAUGGUUCCAAUAAAGUCUCUCUGUUCAUGUCAAUAAAGUAUCUCUGA